UGCGAUCACUUCCGUCGCACUGGCGGGCGCCAAGAUGGACGCUCCGUGGGCUCGGGAGCAGCUACGGCGCCGUUACCUAUUUCCUUCCGAAGUAGAGCUGGACUGCGAGGACGAGGCCAAGCCAGAAACACCCACAGCUGUUGAGAAAAAGAAGAGACCUCUUCCAAGACUUAACAUUCAUUCUGGAUUCUGGAUUUUGGCAUCCAUUGUUGUGACCUAUUAUGUUGAUUUCUUUAAAACCUUUAAAGACAAUUUUCACACCAAUAGUUGGUUUCUCUUUGGUGGAGCCUUGUUGUUUGUCAGCCUGUCAAUUGCAUUUUACUGCAUAGUCUAUCUGGAAUGGUAUCGUGGGAUUGAAGAAUACGAUGUCAAGUACCCAACGCUGGUGCCCAUCACAACAGCAACUUUCAUUGCAGCAGGGAUUUGCUUCAACCUGGCUCUGUGGAAUGUGUGGUCAUUUUUCACUCCCUUGCUGCUGUUUACCCAGUUUAUGGGGGUCGUGAUGUUCAUCUCACUCCUUGGAUAAGCUCCAGGGGCUGAAGUGAUGGCUCCCUGGUGAAGAUCCCUGGUUCCUCUUGCAGAGGACCUGCGUUCCAUUCCUAGCAUCUCCGCUGUGGCUCACAACCUUCUGUAACUCUAGGUCCAAGAGAUCUAACACCUUGGCCUCCACAGAUGUCGGGCACACAUGUGCUGGACACACAUGUGCUGUACUUACAUAUACACAGGCAAAACACUCAGGUGCAUAAAAUAAAAAUAAAUCUUAAAAAUUUCUGCCCUUUGUAUACUAUUUGGAGAAUUUAUGUCCCUGUGUACCAGCCCCUGCCCAGGUUGGGAGUAUUGGUACACAUUUAUUAACUAAGUGUGUAGAGUAUUAAGAAUGGUCAUGCUGUGAUUAGGGGAGAAAAGACAGUAUAGUCCCUCCCCUCGUGCCACUUAUAUGUGACUUGGAGAAAAUCAACUUGACGGGGCCAUUUGCAGAUGGGAUGUGUGAUGGGUGGGGCUCAGGACCAGGGUGUUCCAGCUGAUGGAGUGUGUGCACCCUGUGGCCCUUAGGGAGUGUGAUGUGGAGGUACACGUGAGCCUGUUGUUGCCAGUCAGAGGCGAGUUGCUGACCAUCACCACGCUGACACAAACGGUUGUCAUCCAGCAUUACACUAUGUCCAGAGACCGAUGAGACCUAUGGGCCCCCUUGUUCCUGCGCAUGUCUCACUUUAAGAGGUUUAGAGUCUUUGUAUCAUCUUAUUCCCACAGCUUUGGCUGACCCUGAUUCCCACCUUUCUCUCCCCCUGCCCCCUUCCCCAGUGGCUGGAGUUCUGGACUCUGACUGUUUGGCUGUUUCUAGGUAUUUGGGUGCAUUUGACUUCCAUGUGCCUGGUGUAUGGUUGGUGGUGAGGGCAGCGUGGUGCUGGAAGCC